GCUCGUCCCCCUCCAGUCCUCCUCCUCUUCCUCCUCCUCCUCCUCUUCUUCACAGUCGCCCUCCUCACCGAGCGGCACACCGGCCAAUGCUUCACUCCGCUGCUUCUCUGGGUGUCUGCCCCAUGCGUGGGAAGCACCACAAAACCAAGGGCUUCACCUGAGAGGCUCCCAGCAAACGAGGAAGGAAGAAAAAGGGGAAGAUUGCUGUUUUGAAUUCACUAUUUGAAUUCUGUCCCCCUACUUUGGACGAGGGGCUCUGAUUUCAGCGAAAAUACUCAGCUCGUAGUGUUCUGUCACGGAGGACCGAGGGACGACAGCGUGGAGCCAUGAACGAGUCGCUGGUGGUGAACGACUCCUCUGCGACUCCCAGGGCAGGAGAAGCUCUCUCCUGGAUGGAGGCUGAGGCUCUGGACCGCAACGGCAGCCUGGAGUUCUCCACCGCUCCCCGAGGCUUCCCCGUCAACCCCUGGGACAUCAUGCUCUGCAUGUCGGGCACCGUCAUCGCCUGCGAGAACGCCAUCGUGGUGGCGAUCAUCUUCUACACGCCCACUCUGAGGACUCCCAUGUUCGUGCUGAUCGGGAGCCUGGCCACGGCCGACCUGCUGGCCGGCAUGGGAUUAAUCCUGAACUUUGUGUUUCAGUACGUCAUCCCCUCUGAGACCAUCAGCCUGGUCACUGUGGGCUUUUUGGUGGCCUCCUUCACCGCGUCCAUCAGCAGCCUUUUAGCCAUCACCGUGGACCGUUACUUCUCCCUCUACAAUGCCCUGACGUACUUCUCGGAGAAGACGCUGCAGUACGUCCACCUGAUGCUGCUGGGGACGUGGGGCGUGUCCCUGUUCCUGGGGCUGCUGCCGGUGCUCGGCUGGAACUGCCUGGACGAGCCGGCCUCCUGCAGCAUCGUGCGGCCGUUGACCCGGAGCAACGUCAUGCUCCUGGCCACCUCCUUCUUCGCCAUCUUCGUGCUCAUGCUCACCCUCUACUUCAAGAUCUGCAAGAUCGUGUGCCGCCACGCCCACCAGAUCGCCCUCCAGCAGCACUUUUUCGCCACGUCGCACUACGUCGCCACCAAGAAAGGGGUUUCCACUCUGGCCAUCAUCCUGGGGACUUUCGGCGCCAGCUGGCUCCCCUUCGCCAUCUACUGCCUGGUGGGCGAGAGGGAGUACCCGUCGGUGUACACCUACGCCACGCUGCUGCCGGCCACCUACAACUCCAUGAUCAACCCCAUCAUCUACGCCUACAGGAACGCAGAGAUCCAGCGCUCCAUCUACAUGCUUCUCUGUGGCUGCUUUCAGGCCAACGGGGCUUACCGGUCCAGGUCACCAAGCGAGGUCUAAGUUUCAAAAUAAAGGUGCUAGAGCUCUUUGUGUGCGUGUCCGUGAGAAAAGCCAGAGCAAAAAGACAAACCGCCCCAUCGACAAUCUGCUUUACGGCUGACAUUGAAUGCUUUGGAGACACCAGAAGGACGAGCGUGAGGCUGGAGCUGUGUCUCUCAUCCACACUGUAUCUGCACUUUACUGUCUCGAGGAGAAACGCUGUGAACAAGAAAACUUUGGUGAAAAAGACAAAAACAAAAAAACCUGUGAAUGUACUUUAAAAAAAAAAAAGAUGGAAUGGAAAAUCUUGCACUUUAUUCUAUGUUUUUUCAGAUGCCAAAGCAGUAUUGUGAAGCUCUCGGUGUGUUUAAACGUUUGAGCUCGUGAGUGCCGUGUGCCAUUUUUAUUUUCUAUUUUGUAUUGUUCUGUCUUUGAUGUCCAUUUUUGUACGAGAGGAAUAAAGAGUUGAAACCGUG